ACGUGAUUCUCUACUUUCGUUUCCGCUAUUAAACAUAAAACUUGUAUUGAACGUUGGAACGUUUUGUUUCUUUAUUUCAAUUUAAAUAUGUGAUGUAGAAACUAUGUAGAUUAAUGAUGGCUUCAAGUGAAGUAUUCAGUCAAUGUGUAUUAAUUAUCGGUUUACCCGAUACGUUUAGAAUAAAUGAUGUAUCCAAGACGCUACAGAGACAUUUGAAAGAAGGCCAGGCAAUAGUUGAUACCGAUUGUGAGCUCGGGACCCCGGGGACACCAAGCAAAUGGGUCAUUCAACUCAAUUCACGGGAAGCGGCUCAAAAGUUAUACAAUGAGGUGAUUCAAGAAGAGGUCUAUUUGAGUGCAGAUAAAUGCUUGCAGAUAAAAUACGAAAUGGCACAACCAUCUCAGAUUCCAGGAGAAUGGAAACAACAGGAAAUGUUGUAUCCAAAACUUCCAGAAAAUGUACCAGGGACACAUCCAAUGGCUAUGUUUCCACCUAACAACAAUUUUCCAAUGUACAAUUCCUCUGGAAAUGGAAUGUUUCAAAAUCAUGGACAAGCAUUUCAUCCUAAUACUAACGUCCCUUUUGGCUUUAGACCUCCAGUAGGGACAUCAACACAAAGACCAGUCUCGCCGAUUCCAGAUCAAACAGCGCAACAUUAUGACAACACAAAUAUAAGGGGUCGAUUUCCACCGCCAAUAAAUCAAACAUAUCACGAUAAAUUGCCUACGCCUUCAGCGCCACCGAAUGUUCAGGGUAAUCCACAGUAUCGAUUUCCAACACCGUCAUCAUAUCAAGGCGAAGCAAUUCCUGUAACCCAGUUUUCACAUCAAAAUCAAACAAAGUUGGAAGGUCACAUUUUAUCAUCAGUGCCAUAUCAAGGUCAGAUGAAUCAAUUUUGUCCGAUGGCACCUAUUCAAAGUCAAGCAGGUCAAUCUAAUCCUUUCUCACCGGUUGCAUCAUUUAAAGGUCAUACAGGAUCAUAUCCUGUUUAUCAGUAUCCUCCAACACCACCGUUACCAAGUCAAUUCAACCAGAACACUUAUGCAGGGAACCAGUACGGGAACAUGCUAGGUUCGGGACAAGGGCCUGGAUAUCCUGUUUAUCCGUCACCAGCAAUACAGUAUCCUCAAAUACCUGUAAAUGUAAACCAGCCGCCUCAUUGGAUUGCUACAAACUAUGGCCAGGGCUAUGGACCUAAUCAAUAUCCAAGUCACAUUCCUGUGCAAGUACCAAGACAAAAUAUACCAUUAAUGCAGGGGGGAAAUCAGCAUGCAAUGUAUGAACAACAAAUGCUUAAUGAAGGGCAUAAAACUAUUGAAGGUAACACCAUACAAGAAUAUGAUAGCCACGAGGCCAUUAAAGAUCACCAAAUGCAUGGAGAAGAUUGGAGACAUUUGCAAAGUUCAAGAGACCAAGAAACAAAGCAUCAGGGAACAAAGCAGAGCAGUGAAGCAUCUUUUCAAGAGACUGAAGAACAUAGCUCUGAAUCGGAAACUGAAGAAGAUGUCCAGACUUCAAUCAGGGUUGAUGGUGUAAGCGAAAUUUCCUCAAAGGAAAACUUAGAGAUGUAUUUUGAGAACCAGCGGCGUUCGGGCGGCGGUGAUAUUGAACGUGUUUGGUUUGAUUGUCUUGACGAUGAUGUGAUGUUCAUUCAGUUUACAGAAGCAUCAGUUGCAAAGGCAGUUUUAGCACGCAAACACACAUUUGAAAAUCGGAAGCUUAACGUGUCAGGAUGUGCACCAAUUACUUAUUACAACGACAGAGUGCUCAUCGAGGACAUAAAGCAGACGACAACACAGGAAUGUCUUAGUAAUUUCCUUGAAGUUAAGGCAGACUGUAUUGCUAUUGACAUGACAUUUAGUCAUAAUGAAAAUGCUGGUAAAGUGCUUGUUACUAUGGAUACAAAUAUAGAUAUGAAAAAAAUGGAGACAGCGUUUUCGAAGUACAAACUUGAAGGAGCUACCCUUAAAGUAUCAAGAGUUCCUGUGUCAAACUGCUUGCUAGUAACAUCACUUACGCCAGAUAUACACGAAGAUACAAUUGAGUUUUACUUCGAAAACAGUAGGAAAAGUGGUGGAGGACCUGUUGAAAGGGUCAAACUAAGUGCAGAUAAAACUGCAUGUUUAGUUUACUUUGAGAAUUUUCGAGAUAUAGAUAAUGUCAUCAAAAAGAAGCACACACUUAACAAUGUUCCUUUGACGGUUGAACAUUUCCAGCCAUGUUUUGGACUACCAAAAUGUUUUGCAAAGAAAAAGAAGAUGGAAAUGCCAAGCGACAUAACACUGGAAAAUGUUAAUUCACAUAAAAUAUCAUUAUUGAGGAGCUCUGAAAGAGUGCGUCAUGAUUUUCAAGAAAAGUUGAGUGUAUAUAAUGCUUCCAUUAAUAUACCCUCUGACAUUGAUGGAAUAACGAUCAGCUACAAAGGCGAAAAUCCUAGCCAAGAUGAGUUUGAAUUAGUUGAAAACUGGGAACAAAAUGUGACAGCAAUUUGUACAAAAUUCAUCAAUGAAAUUAUGGUAAAUGAGACAAAUAUUCAAAGUUAUAAAUGGGAAAAAGCAAUGCAGAGCUUACAAAGUAUCAGUAUUGAAAAUUCAGAUUCGGUUAUUGUGAAAGUGGACAGAAAUGCAAAACUAAUAACUGUAAUAGGUUACAGAAACAUAGUAUGUCCUUUAAUCAAGAAAAUAGAGGCAAUUAAUGAUGAACAAAGUGCAAUACCUGAUGUGAAUGAGAAAGUUUCCAAAGAAACGAUUACUUCCGUCAAGCCAAUAGAAUGCAGAAUGUUAGACUCCGUCGGCUUCAGUCGAGAUGUGACUGAAAGGUAUUCAAGUUUGAAAGUCUCGUUUGAAGACAAUUACAAGGGAAUUACGUUUGAAGGAAAUGCUGGUGAUAUAAAUGCAGCUAAAGUGAAAAUGUAUGAAGCCAAAAAUAGAUUUGGUACAUCAAGUGUAAAAAUUUCAGACUCUCUUUGCCUGCAAUUAUACAAUUCAAAACAAACUAAAGAAUACAUUUCAAAAAUUCUUAAGAACCGUCAGUUGAAUUGUCUCUUUGAAGUCACUGGUGACACUGUUGAUAUUUAUUCAGAAGAUAAAAGCAAGAUAGAAAAAUGUGUUGCUGUCGUUCGAAGAGCUGUUGACUGUCACAGUGUUCACAUAAGCAGAGAGGCUAAAGGAUACUUUGGAACCAGAAUGUGCAACCAGAAAUUAGAGAGUCUUCAAGAAAUCAACGAGGGGAAGGUGCUGAUUGAACUUAAUACAGAUGAAAUCUGUGUAGAAGUUUGUGCUUUAGAAAACAUUCUUGAAGAUAUUGUCGAUGAAAUUAAGGAAGACUUUAGCAAAAAUGCGUUACUUCAGAAAAAAGUUAACUGUUCAAUCAAUGAAGCUACUUUUAUUGAAAAAUAUAAGAAGGCUAACUUGACUGAAAUUGAGCAGGCACUGGUUAAAUACAGAGUAAAGUUAGAGUCCAAACAAAGUGGAAUUUUAGUUCAAGGUCCUGUAGAAGGUACAUCAAAGGCUGUUGAACAAGUGCUUAGGAUUUUAAGAUCUAUCAAGAAAAAAGAUCACACCUUCAAAAAGACUAGUUUUGCAUUAGCUAUAACAUCAGAAAAGGGAAGAGAACAAUUGAAUACGAUUGAGAGAGAUUUGUCUUGUUUAAUAGCCACAAAGGAGAGUUCUGAUGACAAACCAGCUAAUCCAAACAGUCCUGGUUCGCACUUACAUGCUACUUGCAAAUUGCAUGACAAACUAGAAAUUCAAACCAUGAGAUGUGAUAUCACUGAAGUUGGAGUGGCGAUGAUUGUGAACAGCACAGAUGAGGAAAUAACCAUGCAUCAUGGCUUAGGGAAGUUAUUGGCCUUUAAAGGGGGCAGAGAAGUAAAGGAUGCGUGCAAAGAUUUCAUCGCUAAAAAUGGCAAACUUAGAGAAUGUCAAGUUUAUGUCAGUCCUGCGGGUAACCUUAAUGCUGAUUACAUUUUGCAUCUAUCUGUUCCAAAGUUUCGGCAAGGGCAUGAAGCAGACAACAAACUAUCCACUGCAAUUUUAAACUGUUUAUGCCAAGCAGAUGAAUAUAAAUCUGAUUCUAUCGCAAUUCCUGCUGUUGGCUGUGGCGCUGCCAGAUAUCCUGCUGGGAAAGCAACUGAUAUUAUUGUUGAGGCAAUAGAAAAGUUUUACUCCAGUAAGCAUCGUAGAUCAGUUACCAAAAUAAUAUUGUGUGAUAUGAAAGCUGAUAAUGUUGAAGAAUUUACAAGAGCGUUAACAGAUCAAUUCGGCAAGAGAAAGGUUCAAUUGAUUAAACAAGAUGAGAAGGGACCUGAGCGGGAUCCCUCAGCAAGGAAACAUGGUACGAAAAAUAAAGAACACACCAGACGGAGAAAUGCAUCAGAGAAUGUAGAUAAAGUUUCACUAGGCAGUAUAACUGUAUCCGUUGUGAAAGGUUCAGUUGCAAAGCAAAAAUGUGACGCCAUAGUAAACAUUGUUGACAAAGCUCUAGAUCUAAAACGGGGCACGAUAUCUGCGACUUUAUUGAAUAAUGGCGGUGCCGAGUUACAACAAGAACUUCAGACAAAACAUCCAAAUGGGUUAGAGUAUGGUCAAAUUGCUGUAACAUCUGGAAAUAAGUUGUCAUGCAAGUUUGUUAUUCAUGCUCGCCUAGGACCAUGGAGUGGAGCAGACAAGGACUCCAGUAAAGAAUCAUUACAAACCUUCCUAAACUUGUGUUUACGUGAAGCUGACCAACAAAAAGUGGGCUGCGUUGUAUUUCCGGCAAUUGGUACUGGUAAACUUGGCUAUCCAAAAGAGAUUGCAGCAAAAGAGAUGUUUACAGCUAUUGCUCAAUUUAGUAAGGACAAUCAGCAGUCAACAAUAAAAGAGAUUCGUAUUGUUAUAUACCAGGAUGAUACUCCCACACUUGAGGCUUUUGAAAAUGAAAGUUCAUUUUGGGAAACUGGUGAGCGGCACAAUCCUCGUGAUUUAAGAUCUGUUUACUUAGAUGCUGAAACUGACAGACAUAGAGGGGAAAGAAAAGGCUCGGAAACAAAUCAGAUGGGAACAUUAGGAAUUACUGUUAAGCUUGGCAACAUAUUAGAUGAAUAUGUAGACUGUAUUGUUAUAAGUGUCCUCAAAUCGUUGGAUUUAGAGAAAGGAGCUGUGUCGAAAGAAAUGUACAAGCGGUGUGGCGAUGAAGUUAAAACAGAACUAGAAAAGAAAAAGGACUGGCUCCGUAAGAGCGACCUCGUUACAACGUCAGCUCCUAACCUAAAAUGCAAAGGUUUGAUUCAUGUCGCAACACAAGACAAAACAGAUGGCUGGCAACAUGUUGUUGAAAAGGCAUUGAAGAAAGCAGAAGAAAAACAAUGGAGGAGUAUUGCAUUUCCUGCUCUUGGAACAAGCUAUCGUAUUAAGCCAGAAUGUAUUGCUGAGUGUAUGGUAGCAGCGUUCAAAUGUUUUGAAAAGACGAAACCCCGAUAUGUGUGUGACAUCAGACUGGUCAUAUAUCAACGUGACAUGUUACACAUAUUCCAUGAUGCUGUUUUCUCUGUACAGUCAAAGUUUCAAGGGAAAGAUGUUCAGAGGAUAAAGCGUUCUUCUGAUCCUGACUCAAUUACAUUUACAAUACUUGCAUCGGAAAAUAGGGUCAUUGAAAGAGCUGUCUCAAAAAUCGAAGAGUGCUAUGACCAGACAGAUUUCCGUGACGAUAUUAUUAAAACGUUCUCUAAAUAUCAUAAAGAUGAUCUCAAGGACUUAGAAAGACAGGAAGGUGUGACCAUAAGCUUAGACAAGGAUAAAGGAAGGAUACAUAUUUGUGGACUGAAAGAUAAUGUCACUAAAGCAUCCGAAAAAGUACAUAGUUUUAUGAGAAAUGCUCUGAAAUUUGAGAAGAAUAAAACCUCAGCUGAUAUGAUGAGUAACUUGGUGCAGUGGUUUUACACAGACGCUGGCUCGGGACAACUUGUCCCUUACGAUAAGCCAAUCAAUUUCAAAAUAGAAAAGGCUUACAAAGCAGACGACACAUUUGUCUCAUACAUCGUUUCGAAGCAAGAAAUGUUCACGAUAGAUUUAAAGCAGAUGAUUGCCUAUCCAGUUGAAAAACCACAGGACAGCAUCAAAGUUCAAAGAAAAGAUUUAAUGAAAGCUGGUUCUGCAAAUAUCCCAUCUACAUGGGCACCAAUGACAAGCAAUUCCUGUCUCGUGGCACUGGCAAAUACGGAUCCAGAAUUCAUUGCCACCAAAAAUACAUUUUUAAGUUCAAUUGGCAAUGCAACAGUCGUUAAGAUUGAGAGAGUACAGAAUAAAAUGUUGUGGCAGCAAUACCAAGCAAAGAAACAACAAAUGAAUCUAGCGAAUCCACCAAACACGAAAAAUGAGUCAUUACUCUGGCAUGGAUCAUCGUCAGUAGGGAUUGACAAUAUUUUAGUCCAUGGAUUUGACAGAAGUUACUCAAAUAUGGGUUGUUCAAUCGGCGUGGGUGUUUAUUUUUCACCAAUGGCAACUGUUUCACAUGGAUUUGCCCGGGCUGAUGCUAACGGAGUUAAAAGAAUGUUUCACUGCCGUGUACUUACAGGAGAAUAUACCCAAGGUCAAUCAACUAUUAGAUACCCUCCGCCAAAACCAUCUGGUGGACCACAGGCAAAGUAUGACAGCGUUGUAAAUACCCUAAACGCCCCAUCAGAAUUCGUUAUUUUCAACGACACUCAAGCAUAUCCAGAAUAUCUCAUCUCUUUUCUGUAAUUAGUUAUGAACAUGGAAAUUGGCAGUAAAACAUAUCUUAUAGAGCGCUUGACUUUGGUCAUCACCCUAGGGACAUAGGAAAAUUAUUAUGUAAAUGGUAUGUUCAUAUGGUCAGCUGUAGUAUUGUAGUUUUAGAAGAUACAUUUAGCAGGUUGUUUCUACUCUUUAUAUAUUUACUGACUUUAUUUUAACUGGGUUACUGAUACACAGAUUUGAACAAUAAAUGUAUGAUGGUAAUAAAGAAGUAUGAACAUUUUGUAAUAGCAAUUUUGUAAAUUGCGUUUUUCAAAUAUUUCAGUGUAUUAAGAUCAUGUGAGAUGCCUUGUUAUAUGACAAUGACAGAUGGAAAUAAAAAAAUUUAUUUGUUUUAAUUUUCUCCACUCUUGAAAAGAGUACUGUUUCAUAUUCUUUAUUAUUUAUGAUAGUUCAGGGCUCUAGUUAGACCAAAAUUUUAGGGAGAAGUCUUCCUCAGCCCACAUUAGGGAGAAGUUUCAAGACUUAGGGAGAAGUGGGUAUACCAACAUUAAAUGUACCCCAGUCUACAUUUUAACAUAAGAAGGGAAGUCCUUGCAAACUAAAGCAUAAAAUAUAAACAAAUAAGAAUAAACUAUUUUUUAUUUUAGAAAUACACAUAUAUAUCCACAACAUAUCUUCUUAAAAACUGACAAAGUCAGAGUAUCAAUAUAUCAUAAGAUUUUCAUAAUUACUUUUAAACAAGAACAUAAUUAUUAUAUGUAUAACAUCUAGUAAAGACUGAACUAAGUGUUAAAAUGAGGUUUUGACAAUUACCAAAAAUUUUCAAAAACAGUAAAAAAAUAUUAAUAUUUACAGCAUCUUACUUUAAAAGGUUUAACUGAUAUCAAGGUGUCAAAUGAUACAAAAAAAUAUAUACACAUAUACAACAUGAUCUAUUUCAGCCUGAAAAAUCAGUUUCAAAAUAAUGUCAAAUGAUACAAAAAAUAUUUACACCAUACAUGUAUAUGCAACAUGUUCUUUUUCAGCCUUAAAAAUCAAAGUGUCAAAAUUUUUAAUGAGCUUUUCAUAAUAACUAAAAUAAUGUCAAAUGAAAACAAAUAUAUAUACACAUAUAUGCAACAUGUUCUAUUUCAGCCUGAAAAAUCAGUGUCAAAUGAGCUUUUCAUAAUAACUUAAAACAUAUACAUAUUUAUACAUCUUCCAUUAGAAUCAACAAAUUCAGUGUUUAUGUUUCUUGUUGAAAAACUUUCAUGCAUGCACAUAACUAGCAGUUUCAUGCAUGUACAUAUGAGCCUCGUCAUGACAAAACCAACAUAAUGGGUUUGCGACCAGCAUGGAUCCAGACCAGCCUGCGCAUACGGGAAGU